AUGGGAGUUUUUCUGAAGAUUAGGGAUUGGAAUCUAGGAAUUUUGGAUUUUGAGUAUUGUAAAGGAUUGGAGAUUUCAGGAAGCAUGGAAGCCAACAGGGGUCAGAAUGGAAUUCAACUCUUGCUUGCUGCAGAGCAAGAAGCUCAGCAUAUUGUCAAUGCUGCCAGAAGUGAAAAAUUGGCUAGACUGAAACAAGCCAAAGAAGAGGCUGACAAGGAGAUUGCUGAAUUUCGUGCUCAAAUGGAAGCUGAAUUUCAGAGGAAGCUUGCUGAGAGCAGCGGUGACUCAGGUGCUAACGUGAAGCGGUUGGAGAAAGAAACUGACGCAAAGAUCGGUCACCUGAAGACAGAAGCCUCAAGGAUCUCCCAUGAUGUUGUACAGAUGCUUCUGAAGCAUGUGACAGCUGUGAAAAACUAG